GCUACGCCUUGUCUGGUCGCGGUCACCCUCCUCGCCUCGGGAGCGAGCGUUAGGCUUUGCCCGCUUUGAGGCUCUGCGGAAAGGGCGGUCGCGUGGGUUAGACGGAGCCACCCCGCCCCCGGGGUCGCCCUUGGUAACCCGGCGUUUGCGGGACUGUGGAGUUGGCCCCGGAGGGCCGAGGAGACAGGCGCUAGGCUAGAAGCGCCUCGCAGGAACCGUUUCCCGCCCGCUCGCCCGGAGUCGCGCAGCAGUAGGAUGGCUGAGCUGCGUUUCUGUGAGCCAACAGAGCUCUACAACAUCUUGAACCAGACCUCAAAGGUGUCCAGACUGGCUGAGCCCAACUACCUCUGCUUACUGGAUGUUCGAUGCAAAAGGCAAUAUGAUGAGAGCCACGUGAUCACUGCCCGAAGGGUGAAGAAGAAGGAGAAACAAUACCUCAUCCCAGAGUCUGUGGAUCUGGAGUGUGUGCGAUACUGCAUCGUGUAUGACAGCAACACCAGUUCCCUGGAACUUCGAGUACGGAGGGAUGAUGAUGAGGAGGAGGAGGAGGAAGAAAGAGGGGUCAAAGAUGAUGAAGAGAACAACGAGCUCUUACCCGGGCCUGCUGUGGAGUUUGGGCAGAUCCUCAUCCAUCUUACCCGCCAGCCUGUCUAUAUCCUCAGAGGGGGCUACGAGUGCUUCUCUGGCCUGUACCACUUCUUCCGGACGCAGAAGAUCAUCUGGAUGCCCCAGGAACUGGAUGCCUUCCAGCCAUAUCCAGUUGAGAUAAUUCCAGGCAAGAUCUUCCUGGGCAAAUUCAGCCAAGCCUGCAAUGCUAGGAUUCACAAGGAUUUGAAAAUUAAGGCGCAUGUCAAUAUUUCCAUGGAGGCAACCCCCUAUUUUGUAGGCGAUGGAGACAAGCUCUUGCAUGUCAAGAUAGAGGAUUCUUCAGAUUCCAACCUUUUCAGCUCCUUCCGCCACAUCUGCCACUUCAUGGAACUUCACCUCCAGCUCCGCUCUGUCAUCCUGGUCUUCUCCAGCCGGGGCAUCAGCCGUAGCAGUGCUGCUGUGGUGGCCUUCCUCAUGCACUACAACGAGGAGACCUUGAAGGUGUGUGCAUGGGGCUGGGGCUCGGUUGAUAGAGUGCUCGCCUGGCUCGCAGAAGACUCCAGGACCAAGUCAGAGGGCCUGGGCCCACGUGAAGAAAUGCAAAGACAACAUGCGUCCAAAUCGGGGCUUGGUGGCUCAGCUGCUGGAGUGGGAGAAAAUUAUCCAUGGGGAAUAUAUCACAGACAUCACUGACCCUAUCUACUGACCUGCGUCUGUGGCCCAUCUGGGCCUGAGGAACCUUGCUUGGGACUUUUGGGGCGUGGGGGUUAGGUAUACACUUGGAUUUGUCCAGAAGACCUCUGUGGCCUGAAGUUUCAUGUCUACAUCUUAAGGCUGGUUCUGUGUGGGAACUGAACCUAGAGCAGUGGCUCUCAACCUUUUUCUUUUGUUGUUGUUGUUUGAGACAGGGUUUCUCUGUAUUGCUUUGGAGGCUGUCCUGGAACUCCC